CUCUCUCUCUCUCCUCCCCCUCGCCUCCACAGCCCUGCUCGGCCCCCGUGUCUUUUGCCUUUGUGUGUGUGUGUGUGUGUGUGUGUGUGUGUGUGUGUGCAUGUGUGUGUAUGUGUGUGUGCGCACACACACACCGUGAAGCUGACUGCGUACCCGAAAAACCGUGUGACGGAUGCCUUGCGUACAAAAUAAGCUUCUUUUUUUUCUGGGAUUUCAAAUUUGAUCGAGUGACUUGUUCAAUGGGAAAUAGGAGAACCUGCAGGUGUAAGUGAAGGGGAGGAACCGGGAAAACGCACGUGAAGCUCUCACUUCUUCAAAAGCCAAGAGAGGAGAGGAGAGGAGGAAGAGGAGCGCGUUAGCAAGCAAGUGCAGCAAAUUGGACUUUUCCACCAUCAGCAACCCUCCUCUCUCUCUCUCUCUCUCUCCAUCCCUGCUCCUCCUCUGUUGGUCUACCCACUUACUCCCCAUCCAACCCCCCGCAUUCUCCGAGCCUCCUCCCCAGAAUAGCCUCACUCAGAGGUCUUAAAAUACUAGUGAGAAAGGUGUGUUUGGAUUUUUUUCGGGGAGACGCAUGGAGAUGGAUUAACCAUAAAGAGGGAGCCUGCGCCGCCAAACUGGAGCAGCACGCGCGACCACGCCGGGGGGGAAGGGGGCGACGGGACUCGGUGAAUUCGCGGAGCCCCCGGGACAGAGGCUGUGAAUGGUCCACCCCGAAGAUGACGUCCCCCAAAAACAAAGCCAAGAAGAAGCCGCCCAAAGACAGCAUGACGCUGCUGCCAUGCUUUUAUUUCGUAGAGCUUCCCAUCGUCCUGUCCUCCUUGGUGUCCCUGUACUUUCUGGAGCUGACAGAUGUGUUGGCCCCGGCCAUUGUGGGCUUCCGUUGCCAUGACCGUGACCUCUCCAUGCCCUACGUGGAAACGGGUGAUGAGCUCAUCCCGCUGCUGAUGCUGUUGAGUUUGGCCUUCGCUGGUCCUGCAGCAUCCAUUAUGAUGGGGGAGGGCCUGAUGUACUGUAUGCAAUCCAAACUGAAGUCUUGUCCCAAGUCGGAGAGCAGCAUCAACGCUGGAGGCUGCAGCUUCAACUCCUUCCUACGCAGAACCGUACGCUUUGUCGGUGUUCAUGUGUUCGGUCUCCUGGCAACAGCCUUGGUGACAGAUGUCAUCCAGUUAGCGACCGGUUACCACGCCCCUUUCUUCCUCACCGUCUGCCAGCCCAAUUACACGGCGCCGGGGGUGUCAUGUGACAACAACGCCUACAUCACACGGGACAUAUGUAUGGGGAAAGACCAGUAUGCCAUCAUGUCGGCGAGGAAAACAUUUCCGUCCCAGCAUGCAACGCUCUCUGGCUUCGCUGCUGUCUAUAUCUCAAUGUAUUUCAAUGCGAGCAUUAGCAGCACAACCAAACUCCUGAAGCCGCUGCUGGUGUUUGCUUACUGCAUGGCGGCGGGCCUCGCCGGGCUGACGCAGAUCACUCAGCACCGCAGUCACCCGAUAGACGUCUAUGUGGGAUACAUUAUAGGAGCCGGCAUCGGAGUCUACCUGGCUGUGUUCGCCGUGGGAAACUUCAAAGCAUCAGAGGAAGAUGCUCUUUCUUUACACAGACUGACACCGGCUCAGCAGAAGGACAGCCUGAGGGUGCUGAGUCAGCGCAGUCAUGACUCCCUCUACAGGAAGACCCCCAGGGUGUCGGAGAGCAGGGAGGAGCUGGGUGCGGGGCUUGGCUCCGGCGCUCGCAGUAAGGUGAGAAGGGAGAAGGCCUCGCUGGCCUCCCUGAAACGAGCGAGCGCCGACGUGGAGCUACUCGCAACUCGGGGUCCCAUGGGGAAGGAAACCAUGGUAACCUUCAGCAACACCCUACCCAGAGUGGCAAACGGGAAUAGCCCCAUCUCGCCUUCAGAUGAGCCGGCCACCACGCAGCGUCACAUGACCUUCCACGUGCCCUUUGACCCCCAACGGUCUCGGCAGCUGGUGUCGGAGUGGAAGCAGCGAUCGCUGGACCUCCGCAGCCAGAGCUCCCGAGAUGAGGACGAGGAGGAUGGGGGCGAUGAAGAAGGAGCGGCAGCCGGAGGAGGAGAAGGAGGAGACCAGGAGAUGCCUUCCUCCCUGUAUCCCACGGUGCAAGCCAACAAGGGCAUCGCCACGCCAACCGGAGUCAGAAUGGUGGUGGCACCCCCGCUAGUUCACAUCCCAGAGGAAGCCACUCGGCCGCCGCCCGUUUCCCCGAAGAGCGCCAAGACACGUGCCAAGUGGCUGUCGCUCACCGAGGAAGGGAGGGUGAAAGAGCCGGGACAGGGGCCCAUCGCCGUGUCGACUCCCAGAGUGCCCAGCAUGCAACCCGGCCAUCCGCCGAAUCAGCAGAGAGUCACUCAGGUGAUGGCCAUGUCCAAGCAGCAGGGUCACGGGCCCCACACUGUGUCCACUAAGACCUCAGAAGGCGGCUCGUCCUCUGGAGGCGGAUCCAACUGCUCUGAAUCGCCCUAUUACCGGAUCCCAUCGGAUCGAGACAGCUGCAUGGGAAGCAACCCGGGGAGCAUCGCAGGAAGCGGGAGCAUCGUCACCAUCGACGCUCACGCCCCUCACCACCCGGUGGUGCGCGUGUCUGCCAGCAACGGCAAGCCGUGGGAGUGGAGGAACACCAUCAGCGGAAACAUGAUGACAGCGGACGCGGCGGGAGAGAAACACAGAGUGGCGCUGCAGCGACAGGAGAGUGCGAGUCAGUACCGGGACUACAGGACGCUCCCGGUGAAAACCGACUCGAUCUGCAUCUCCUCGGCCAGCGGGAGCAACGACGGAGGAGCGGAGCUGCCCCCCCCCCCACUCCCCACAUCCUCCUCCCCUCUGCCUCUCCCGCCUCAGCUGUCGUCAUCCCCGCUACCUCCACCUCCUCCCCACUCGUCCUCUUCCCCCUUGCCUCCCCACCAUCCGCACUCCACUUCACACUCCACUCCGAUGCCUCCUCCUCUUCCUCACCCUUCCUCCUCUCACAUGCCUCCCCCUCCUCACUUGUCCUCUCAGAUGUCCCCUCCGCCCCUCCCGCCUCCCCACCCCUCUUCCUCCCAAAUGAUGCCCCCGCCUCCUCACCCCUCUUCCUCCCAAAUGAUGCCCCCGCCUCCUCACCCGUCGUCCUUGCAAAUGCCCCCGCCCCCUCACUCGUCUUCCUCGCAGAUGCCCCCGCCACCUCACCCGUCCUCUUCCCAAAUGCCCCUACUUCCUCACCCGUCCUCUUGCCAAAUGCCCCCACCUCCACACCCCCAUCCGUCCUCCUCUCCUCUACCGCCACACCCGUCCUGCUCCAGCAUGCUCCCCCCUCCUCCCCAUCCAGACUUACUGAUGGACACCCACAGCCAGGCGCUGUCCCGCUCCUCCACCCUGCCUCGCAGACCCUCCGUCUCCGCCCGCAGCCAUGCAGAGCAGGAGCACUACUACAAGGCCAUGCAGAACGAGCGGAUGUUAUAGUGACAGGGGAAACACGACGAACAUCAUUGUCACAUCGAUGAUUGUACUUCAGGAGACGCAGCUGAGAGAGGAAAUGAGACAAAGGCGGUUGUGGCAGGCGAAUGGAGAUAUGACUUUUGAAAUGUGACAACAAAAAAAAAAGGCUUAAGAUUUGUAAUCCAGAACCGCAGCCACAGUCAAAAAAAAAGAAGCUAGAAAUGAGAAGAAAGCAGAGGUUUAAGGACCACGGGGAGGUCUAACAGCUAACACACUCAGCAGGGGAUUGGCUCACACACACUGCCCACAGCGCCGGCUCCACAGCCCGGACUGAGAAAAGAUCAGACAUGAGACGAGUGUGAGUCAAAGUGAGGCGGGUCAGGAUCGGAAAAAAAAAAAACCCCAAGUUUACCUAACAUUUCAGCGUACACACCCCUCUGUGCUUCUUCAUUGUAAGGCUGAAUGGAAGCUGCUGCAGCUGAAAGAGAGAUAUCACAAUGAGGCGGCCUGGGAUUUGCUAAAUCAAGCUCCCCUUGAGAGGUGGGAUAAGACUGGGAAAACAAAACAACUACAGGCAAUACUUGCUCUCCUCAAACUCAGCUGUUUGAGACUGCCAAACAUUACGCGCAGAGAAUCUGCUGUGGCAACCAGCUUUGAAAAAAAAAAAAAAAAAAAAAAACUCUUCAAAGCACCCAAAAAAGCGAUGAAUACAGAGAAGGAUGCUGCGAUGUUGCGUUCAAAAAAACAGGUUCAAGAGUAUUAGCCACAACCC